CUUUAGUGUACGUGGCCACAGGGCUCUGGAAAUGCAGCAGGUGACGCCGGGAUCCUGGGAAUAUUCACCCUCCUCCUGAGACUGCUCCAGCCUGCGACUAAGCUCACGCUAAGGGAUGGAGAAGUAUGAGAAGUUGGCCAAGAUCGGUGAAGGCUCAUAUGGGGUCGUCUUCAAGUGUCGGAAUAAGGAGACGGGACAGGUGGUGGCCAUCAAGAAGUUUGUGGAGUCUGAGGACGACCCUGUCAUUAAAAAGAUUGCGCUAAGAGAGAUACGGAUGUUAAAGCAACUGAAGCACAGUAACCUGGUGAACCUGCUGGAGGUUUUCCGCAGGAAGAGGAAGCUGCACCUGGUCUUCGAAUAUUGCGACCACACCGUCCUCAACGAGCUGGAGAGGCACCCCAAUGGAGUCCCUGAGGCGAUGACAAAAAACAUUGUGCAGCAGAUCCUGCAGGCGGUGAACUUCUGCCACAAGAACAGUUGCAUUCACCGAGACGUAAAGCCCGAGAACAUUCUGCUCACCAAACAAGGGGUCAUAAAACUCUGCGAUUUCGGCUUUGCUCGAAUAUUAACUCGGCCUGGUGACGAUUACACAGAUUACGUAGCCACUCGUUGGUAUCGGGCCCCGGAGCUGCUGGUCGGGGACACGCAGUAUGGAGCAGCAGUGGAUGUGUGGGCCAUAGGUUGCGUCUUCGCUGAGCUGCUGUCCGGACAGCCUGUGUGGCCUGGAAAAUCAGACAUGGACCAACUGUACCUCAUCAUCAGAACCCUGGGAAAACUGAUCCCGAGACACCAGUACAUCUUCCACAGUAACCAGUUUUUUAAUGGUGCAAGUAUCCCAGAACCUGACCCCGAUGAUGUGGAAACUCUGGAAGAGAAAUUCCCAAAUAUUCAGGCCAUGGCAAUGACGUUCAUGAAGGUCUGUCUACGCAUGAAUCCUGAUGAUCGUCUCACCUGUGAGCAGCUCCUCGAAAGUGCUUAUCUAAACCCCACCCGCGAGGAGCCGGAGAAGAAGAAAGGCAAAGGAAGGCGGAGACAGACGCAGCUGCUGCCUCAGAUUUCAGGAAAUGGCGUCUCACCCGCUCCAGAGGGGAAGAACAAGCCGCGGCCUCAGAAAUUUGACCACUUCCCCAACAUUUAACACUUUCAGGAGAGGAGAGAACUUCUCAGGGAGGGUCCGGCAGUGUUAAUGACCUCACGACUGUUACACUAUGGACUUAAAUGAUAAAAGCCUGCUAAUCAGAUAACGAGUCCGGAUCUUCUCAUGUACGGCCACCAGAGCCAUGCACCCACCAGACACCCCCGGGAAGGAAGGAAAGGU